AAGACCAUCGAAGUGAGGCUGUCUGUGAUUCCUCGAACCGGAACGAAGAAUCGUCGGCACACGACUCAUUGUCAGUGCGGAGAUCGCGAUCGUCGGUGCGGUUCGUUUCGAAGAUCAAAUUUAAACUUGGUGAACCCUACGAACAGCCGAUCCUGCCCGUGGGGCGGCUCAAGGACGCAGGGAACUGUUCCAAGUGUGCACAGUGCCGAUCGAGCGAUCGAUAGAUCCGCCGAACGUUGACCUCGGCCGAUAAAUCGGCGCCCCCGCCUCCCUGUGUACCGGCCGCGUUUUAUGCUCGGGUCAAAAGUGUCGCGCCCCCUUUUGAGGAGGUAGCGUCUUCGGGCGGGUUGGACGACGCGCGGCAGACGCCAUCUCCGCGUCACCGGCGUCCCGGUCCCCCGGCCCCCUCCCACCUGCUUCUCGCCCUCAACCCCACGGCGGGAACCACCCCGCGACAGCAGCCACCCUGAUGGGGGUGUAUGAGGAGCGCGCCCCUCCCACCACCGGCAUGCAUUGGCAGCCUCCAAGCUCCCAGGAGCGUGGUAGCGGCUUGGGUCUGGGGUGCCAAAGUGGGCCAGGAGGCGCCGUGGGGGGUCCCGCCUCCGUAGACCAGGCACGCGACCUCUCCCCCUGCCUUCCGGCGUCGAUGGGCGACGCCGCGCGACCGACGACUCUGCCCUGCAGCCCGCCGAGCGGUCAACACCACGGCUCGUCGCACCAGACGACGACGACCCCGACGACGACGACGACGUCCCUGCACCAGACGCACUGCGGACCGAACAACAACUGCUACGACGGCACCUCCUACGAGGCCUCGAGGGAGUACGGAUCCUCGCCGAGGGGCGAACGGGCCCAGCAACCCUCGCCCGAGGCCUUCAGGAUCAACGCGUAUCCAUCGUCGACGGGUCACGGACCCUGUCAGGAGUACAGGACGGCCUACGAGCACCAGGGCAGCGUCGCGAUGCCGCCCCACGCCCUCCACCACCACCACCACCAUCACCACCAGCACCACCUCCACCACCAGGCCUCCGAACACCUCAGGACGGUGCCCAAAAUCGAACCCCCGCCGACCCCACCCUCGCACUCCGACGACGCUCCAGGGGUCGUCUGCGCCGGGUGCGGACUCAGGAUAUCCGACAGGUUCUACCUGCAGGCUGUUGACCGGAGGUGGCACGCUGCUUGCCUCCAAUGCUCUCACUGUCGGCAGGGUCUCGACGGUGAAGUCACCUGCUUCAGCAAGGACGGGAAUAUAUACUGCAAGAAGGAUUAUUAUCGAAUGUUCGGGGGAAUGAAGCGAUGCGCUCGAUGCCAGGCGGCCAUCCUCGCCUCGGAGCUGGUGAUGCGAGCUCGCGAGCUCGUUUUCCACGUCCGGUGUUUCUGCUGCGCGAUAUGCACCAUCCCCCUGACGAAGGGCGAUCACUUCGGAAUGCGAGACGGCGUCGUCCUCUGCCGACUCCACUACGAGAUGGGCGCGGAGCUACAUCCGGCCCAGAGUCCUCCGGUCCCCGCCUACCCCCCGGGGCCUCACUACCCUGGGCAGCCCUUCCCCUCCCCGGAGUUCCUCAACCACCAUCCUCACGGCCCGCACCCCGGACACCCCGGGCACCCUGGGCACCCCCACCACUCGAUGCACCCCCACGCCAGUCCCGUUCCUCUUCAGUCCCAAACGCCGUCGGGGCCUGACGGCGCGGGAUCACCACCCAAGGUUCCUUACUUCAACGGAACUGCGAGCGGCGUGCCGCCUCCGAGGCAGAAGGGGAGGCCCAGGAAGCGGAAGCCGAAGGACCUCGAAGCCAUGACAGCCAGUCUAGACCUCAACUCCUCCGACUAUCUGGACAUGCCUUUUGGACGAGGCGGUCCCGGGACGCCGGGGAUGCCGGGAUCCAACAGCAGGACGAAGCGGAUGAGGACCAGCUUCAAGCACCAUCAGCUGAGAACGAUGAAGAGCUACUUCGCGAUAAACCAUAAUCCGGACGCGAAGGACCUGAAGCAGCUCUCCCAGAAGACCGGCCUGCCGAAGAGGGUACUACAGGUCUGGUUUCAAAACGCCCGCGCAAAAUGGCGACGCAUGGUGCUGAAGCAGGAGGGAAAGUCAGACAAGUGCGGCGGAGGCGUCGACGGCGGGUCUCUCGGCGACCUGGAGCUUUACGGUAGCAGCGGAGGCAGCGGAGGACCGCCGAUGAGCCCUCCGUUCAUGCUGGGAGGACCUCACAGCCCCGCAUCCUUGGCCUCCCUGGACUGCGCGUGAUGGGUGGACGCCGGUAUUUACACAAGGGCGGAUCGAGUCUGCUGCCACGUGGAAAAACCACUGCGUAACAGCUUGUAGGCGGAGGAACACCGCGAGGUGUCUUCCUGUCGUUUCUUUCCUAUCUACGAUACAGUCUCUGGUCAAGGGCUCGAGUAAGAGAGAAGAAAGCGAAAAGAUAGAUAGAUAAAUAGAUAGAGGGGGGGGGGGGGGGGGGACGAGAGACCACGGGGAAUGGGAAUGAAACGCAGUCGAGGAGGCACACGGCGAGAUUUAGUGAACCGAUUUCAUAACGAGAUAUAACCAUUUGUAUAUUAUACUAUACCAUCGUACGACACGUUAUGUAAUGUAUAUGUAUAAUAAUAUGAUGUAGAGGUGUCGUGACGACCAAGACUGUACAUUACAAUACGAUAUUUAAGGAUUAAGGUAACUGUGUAAUUUUCUUUAUUUUAUUUUUGAUUUUAUUU